GUAACGAGAGGGAGGAGACCUAUAAAAAUGGAACUGGAGCGAGUCGACUCAACUCAUUCAUCAUGCCGACUUCGGAAACGCAACAACCCCAAAGCGACAGCCUCGACCAAAGCUUCUUGAGCCGUGUCUUGAGGAUUGUGGAGGACCAGAACCUGAUCGCAGGCGAGUUUCCGACCAAUGAAAAAGUGGUCGAAUUCCGGCAUCCCCGGGAACUCGAGCAGGAAUUCGAUUUGCAGAUCAGUAAGAAGCCCACAAGUUCCGAUGAGUUGGAGAAGAUCUGCAUCAAGGCAGCCAAGUACAGUGUCAAGACUUGUACUCCCAAGUUCUACAAUCAGUUGUAUCAUGGAGUGGACGAAUUUGGAUUGGCCGGAAGUUGGUUAAGCGACGCCCUCAACACCAACAACUACACUUUUGAAGUGGCGCCCGUCUUUAUCUUAGCCGAGAGAGCCAUCCUCGAAUAUAUUCGCCGGAAGUUUGGAUGGACACAAGGAGACGGUAUAUUUUGCCCAGGCGGAAGUAUCUCAAAUAUGUACGGAAUGAUUCUGGCCCGUCACAAGGCUUUUCCCGAGAUCAAGACCAAGGGCCUAAUUCGUGGCGGACAGUCAUUGGUUAUAUUCACUUCCGAUGAAAGCCACUACUCAAUUAGUAAAGGAGCCAAUUGGCUUGGUAUUGGGACGGAGAACGUGAUUAAGAUCAAGACAGACGAGGCCGGGAAGAUGAUUCCCGAGUUGCUGGAACAGGCCAUUGAGCAUGCUCAAGCAGAAGGAAACGUUCCCUUUUUUGUCAAUGCCACAGCGGGAUCGACCGUAAUGGGAGCGUUUGAUGAUCUAACGAGAAUCUCUCAAAUCUGCAAGAGGCAUGGUCUUUGGAUGCACGUGGAUGCGUGUUGGGGAGGAGCUGUUGUCCUUUCUUCGAUCCAUAAGCGAUUGAUUGAAGGCUGCCAAUUUGCUGAUUCCAUUGCCUGGAAUCCCCAUAAAAUGAUCGGUGCUCCCCUGCAGUGUUCGGCUUUCAUCGUUCGCCAUCCCGGGCUUCUGCAUCAAGCCAACUCAGCUUCAGCCACGUACCUCUUUCAGCAAGACAAGUUCUACGACGUGAACUACGACACUGGAGACAAGUCCGUUCAAUGUGGGCGGAAGGUGGAUGGCUUCAAGCUCUGGCUCAUGAUGAAAGCCCGUGGAGAGGCCUAUUUUGAAGGACUCGUGGAUAAUGCCUUUGCCCAGGCCAAGUAUUUCAUGACCCUCGUGGAGAAAACGCCGGGUUUUCGACCCGUCUUUGACUUUGGCUAUAGCUGUACCAAUGUUUGUUUUGAGUACAUUCCGGAGCGAUUGAGAGGAUGUCCGGAAACUUCGGAAUGGAAAGAGGAAGUGGCUCAGAUUCCACCCAAAUUGAAAGAAGCCCUAAUCAAGAAAGGAAGCAUGAUGAUCGGCUAUCAGCCGCUCAAACACAAGAAUAAGAGUAAUUUCUUUCGAAUGGUGGUCCACUGUGUUCCACCGCCAACACCACAAGACAUGGAGUAUGCCAUCAAGGAGUUGGAUAUGUGUGGAAGGUUGUUAUAAGAAAUAUUAUGUUGCUUUCCUA